AUGGACAAAAGCACAAUCCACGAAGUCGUUCUUGUCAGUGGGUCUACCCGAGUUCCCAAAGUGCAACAGCUUCUUCAGGAUUUUUUCAAUGGAAAGGACCCCUGUAAAAGCAUAAACCCUGAUGAGGCGGUGGCGUAUGGUGCUCCAGUCCAGGUGGCAAUUUUAAGUGGCGAGGGUAACGAAAAAGUUCAAGAUUUGAUUCUUUUUGAUGUUACUCCUCUCUCUUUGGGUUUAGAAACUGUCGAUGAUGUUAUGAUUACUCUCAUUCAAAGGAACACAACUAUUCCAAUCAUAAAGGAACAACUGUUUUCUACCUAUUCACAUAAUCAACCUGGUGUUCUGAUUCAGGUUUAUGAAGGUGAAAGAACGAGAAAUAAAGACAACAAUUUUCUCGGGAAAUUUAAGGUUUCUUGGAUUCCUCCAACACCAAGGGGGGUCCCUCAGAUCACCUUGUAA